AGGGGCACAAACAUGGCGACUCCAUACAAAGCUCUAUAAAUUUGAGUGAAGUACUUUUCCGAAUAAUGUGCAAAUGAAAAACUGCACAGUCCAAAAUCUUGGCGAGGUUGUUUAUAUAUCAAUCAUCUUUCAUAUCCCAGCCUCUUCACUUAAUUUAUUGUGUGUGGUUAUGAUUUUCAUUUUUGAUGGUGUGAUACAGCAAACCAGCCAUUGCUUUUUUGCCUUAAGUUCUUAGCCAAACCAUUACAUGAACUUAAGGUAGACAACCCUGAAAACCAUUGAGUAUUCAAUGACACAUUCCUGCUAAUCCCAAAUAAGGGGAUCAGCCCCUCCCCUGUCCCCUCAAGAUUUGUUUCACAAUUUGUUUUUUCCUUUUAUAUUCAGCAAUGGAUCAUCCAAGAUGACUUGUGUACGGGACAGAAAUGAGUUGACAUCUACUGAGGUUUUUCCUGAUCACUUCAUGCGUCGUGAAGUGCUAUCCUUUGUUAUCCACUGCACAUUCUUGGAUGAUGAAUGCAAGUGGAAAGGAGAAGUGAGACACUUGGAGAACCACAUGAACAGCUGUCCAUUCCUUAAAAUACCUUGUGUGCAUCCUGAUUGUGGCAUGGAGGUGAAAAAAGCUGAUCUCACUGAGCACUUAGAAAAGGAAUGCAAGUGUAGGCUGGAAACCUGUGUUUUCUUCAGUUGGACGAUAUUAAAGAGCUGCAGAGAAGUGCUAGCGAAUUAA